AUGCCCCCCAAGAGCGGAAAAGCCGAACUCCGAGCAUGCCUCGUAUGCUCCAUCUUGCAGUCUACCAACGACUUUCUUACCCAAGGGUGUCCCAAUUGUGAAGAUAUCCUCGAGAUGAGAGGAUCAUCGGACCGUGUGGCAGAAUGCACAAGUCUGUUGUACGACGGAAUGAUUGCGAUGAUUGAACCGACCGAGAGCUGGGUUGCUAGAUGGCAACGUAUAGAUAAACGGAUGCGAGGUAUUUACGCCGUACGCGUGACAGGUCGGGCACCACCAGAUGUCAUUGAAGCUAUCGAGUCUAGAGGAGGUAUUUACAGGCCGAGAGAUGCCGUGGAAGAUUAA